CCCGGCCGUCAAAGGAAAGCGGGAGAAGAAGAAACGCUCUUCGUGUAUUUCCGGUUAGCAAACAUGGCGCAAGGUUCACAGAAGUUUAAAGCGAAGCGGCCUGGAAGCGACAAGAAACCUCAUCACAACAAACAGAAAGGGCCGAAGAAAGGAGCGAGGACCAUUGCACCCAAGAAGUCUCAUGUGGUUGAGCAGCAGAAACUGAAGAAGUGUCUGGAAGUUGCCAUCAGGAACAACAUUGAGAGGGAGGUGACCCAGAAGGCCAGCACGUCCCUCCAUAAGCCGCUGAGUGUGGUUAAAGGGGCGGAAGUUAAAAGCAAACCAGGAGCAGUCCGGCCAGGAACCAGCUCCAAAUAGGACCAGAUUGGAGACUGGAACCCGAUGGUGUCAAAACACGAAGGACUGAGAUGAAACAUCAGUGAACUGCAGUUAUUUUCAAAUGUCCCCUGUCCUGUGCUUUUUUAUUAAAGUCACAACAAGACACAUUUAAAAGAAGACAUUUUUGAAUGAAAUGGAUCACUGGGCCAUGGACAUUACAUAAAUGUCCAUUUGGGGGCACCACAUAUAUUCACUGUAAGGAUUAAAACAGAAUGAACGCAAGAAACCUUCACUUUUAUUUUUGUGAUUACAUGCAUUUUUCGUAUAGUCGUCACUACACCGAAAAUAUGAGUCAAAUGAGAUUGAUGGCUCUCUAGGAACAAAGGGGGCUGAACCUACUGUUGGGAAGUAGUUGGUAGUUGCUGUCUUAUAUCAGCUUCCUUUAUAGAACCUAAUGUGAAAUUCUUUGUGAAGAUGUUCUAGUGUAAAUUCCAGCCACCACUUAUCAUUUCUGUAAAUAUUGAUUGAUAUUGAGAUCUGUUCUAAGCAUGGUCAGAAUAUGACCUGGAAAUAAAGGCCGGAUGAUAGAAUACAUCCAGAUCAUGUGCAGGAAGUCUCGAGUUUUUCAGGAAGUAAAUGAAAAAAGUUUGCCAAAGGCAUUUUAUUUUCUAUCUGAUAAUCCUCAUACACUUUGCAUUAGCUGUUGGAAUGCAGAGCUUUAGUAAAUGCAAAAAAAUUUGUACGGUGUAUUUUAAUUAAAGGAUGUUUUGAGACACUUUCCACAAUUA